AUGUAUGGAAAUAUACUUGCAGCAUGCCAUAAGAAAAAAUAUAAUCCAUCACUGUUUAAAUCACUGAACAAUGAAUAUAUCACUACUGGUGUGCAUGCUAUUGAGUGGGGGCUUAAUAAUGAAGAUGCAGCAUUAAGUUUUCUCCAGAAAACUGAAAAUGUGUUGAUUCAAAAAACUGGAUUAUGGUUACAUAAAUGUGGAUAUCUUGGUGCAUCCCCAGAUGGACUUAUAGGAGAAAAUUGUGUAGUUGAGGUAAAAUGCCCCUAUAAAUUCAGAAAUAGUUUGCUAUCAGAAGAAAUAAGUAAAGACAAAACUUACAUAAUUUAUAAAGAACAUAAUCAAAUUCAUGUAAACCAGAAACAUAAUUACUGGCACCAAGUUCAAGCACAACUAUACUUUACCAGAAGACAAAAAUGUAUUUUUGUAGUUUGGACACCAAGAGAAUCAAUCAUAGUUCAUAUAUUUAAAGAUAACCAAUGGCAAAACAAUAUUGAAAUACUUCAAAAGUUUUACUUUGAACAAUAUAUUCCAUACAUUAUAUCAAAUAAAAUAAUAUAG